GCCUGCGGCCCGAAGUUUAGACUCGGCCCACUUAUCUCUUGACUCUUCAGUGGCGAGCCGAGGAGGCGAGGAAGAGGUGGUGCACUUGACUCGUUAUCCUGCGCGCGGUCACGAUGUCUGGUUCUGCUGCGGCUGCUCCUCAGCUUCAGACAUCGGGCAUGCUCUCCAAGGAGCAGUUAAUUUAUCUGUUCGACCGUUUCUCUGAGCUGACCUCCCAGCCCGAUGUGAAGAGACGAAUUGCAGAUGCUGUGAAGGAUAAACAGGAAGCAGUGGCUGUAACUACUGCAGUCCAAGAGGAAAUACUUUUGGAAAUGGGAGUUGAUCCGUGGUUUGGCAUUGCUUGCUUGGGAAAAGUGAAUGUGGCUUAUGAGAAUGACCGAGACUUGAUGAUCCAGUUUUAUGGUUUUGUUGCAAAGGAAGAAAUGGCCUGUGAUGAAGCUGAGCUCGAGCCUGAUGAAUUUGCAGAAAAAGUGUAUACUCAACAGAAGCUACAAGAGCAGCAAUUGGAGAUGCUAAGGCACAUGCGUAAAUUUCACCCAGAGGAGCAGUCUACAAUCCUGUCAAUGUUGCACCAGCAGAUGGAGAAUGCGAAUUUUGAUAAUAGUGCAGCAGUUCUGACAUUGGAACAGAUUGAGGACAUUGUUGGUAGGAGCACACCACCCCUCAAAUAAGACAAGUUAGGUAGCUUAUUCUUUCCUUAGUGGGGGAAGAAUAUCACCCUUCGCUAAUAUCCCCCUCCCUCAACAACCAAAAGAAGUCAGAGAAGAAACCACCCGGAAAAAAAGGAUAUUUGUAACUAUAACGUGCAGUAUGUUUGAUGUGAAUCCUUCUGUAAUUUGUUUCUUUUUUAUUUUUGUUGUUAUACUGCUUUUGUGUUUAAUGUUUAUGCUAAUUUAGAACUUUAUCAAAUGCCAAGCAUUCUACCUUGAUUUGUUUUA